UGGCGUUCAACCUAGGAAUAUACCGUUUAUCGGAUACCGAAUACUGGAAAUAGUUACUUUUAUUGCGUUUGGAGAGAAAAUGGCAAAUGUUGCCGACAAUGAACUGAAUUUUCUUCCAUACAUUUAUGAUAUAAUUAAAUGUAUAGAGAGAGACUCACGUGAUGUUAAUCAGAAGAUGCUCGAUUUUCGUAACCAGCUUUUGAAAGCUCGAGAAUGUGUUGAGAAGAUGCCAGGUAUUCAGUACAGUAGACAAGAUCAGCUGAAACAAAUUGAUAUAUUACAACAACAACUUACCACAAAAACCCAGCUUAUACAUAAAUACAAGUCCAUGCAUACAUUUGAUCUCGCUGGACAAACACCUAUGCAGCAAUAGU